CUCGUAAUCUUCCUUCUCUUCUGUCUCACGCUUUCGUAACAAGUUUCCUCUGGGUUACUUUUUCAACCUUAAUUUCUCUCUAUCAGAAAAACAUCAUGGUUGAUCAGGUUCAGCAUCCUAGAGUGAUGGAGAAGGUUGCAAGUCAGCUACAUCUUUUAACUGGCCUUCCACUGUACCACCAGAGGCGAUCUUUCCAGAAUUACUCCAAUGCAGCAUUUCAGUAUCCAGUGAUGCCAGCAUGCAGAGGUGCAAUUGAUGUCUCUGCUGUUGCAGUCUCACCUCUGUUUGUCCCUUCUCCUGCUGAGAAGGGAAACUUCCUCAUUGACUUUCUCAUGGGUGGAGUUUCUGCUGCCGUCUCCAAAACUGCUGCUGCCCCCAUCGAACGCGUCAAGCUCUUGAUCCAGAACCAGGAUGAGAUGAUCAAAGCCGGUAGACUCUCUGAGCCCUACAAAGGUAUCGGUGACUGUUUUAAGAGGACAAUGAACGAAGAGGGUUUUGGUUCCCUUUGGAGAGGUAACACUGCAAAUGUCAUCCGUUAUUUCCCUACUCAGGCACUGAACUUUGCAUUCAAGGACUACUUCAAGAGGCUUUUCAACUUCAAGAAGGACAAGGAUGGUUACUGGAAAUGGUUUGCUGGCAACUUGGCCUCAGGAGGUGCUGCCGGUGCCUCUUCCCUUUUCUUUGUCUACUCCCUUGACUACGCUCGUACCCGUCUGGCUAAUGAUUCCAAGGCUGCAAAGAAGGGUGGAGAAAGGCAAUUCAAUGGCCUUGUUGAUGUCUACAGGAAGACAUUAGCUUCUGAUGGUGUUGCUGGUCUUUACCGUGGCUUCAACAUUUCCUGUGUUGGAAUCAUCGUGUAUCGUGGCCUCUACUUUGGAAUGUAUGAUUCCCUCAAACCAGUUCUCUUAACCGGCUCUUUACAGGAUAGCUUUUUCGCUAGCUUUGCUCUUGGAUGGUUGAUCACGAAUGGUGCUGGUUUAGCUUCAUACCCAAUUGAUACUGUGAGAAGAAGAAUGAUGAUGACAUCUGGUGAAGCUGUGAAGUACAAGAGCUCCAUGCAUGCGUUCACACAGAUCCUUCAGAAUGAGGGUGCAAAGUCAUUGUUUAAGGGAGCUGGUGCCAACAUUCUUCGUGCUGUUGCCGGUGCUGGUGUGCUGGCUGGUUAUGACAAGUUGCAGGUCAUAGUCUUUGGCAAGAAGUAUGGCUCUGGUGGAGCUUAAUUUUCCACCAGUGACUUAGAUUAGAUGAUUAUGAAAAUCAUUGAGUUUAUGAUUUGCUCAAUGCAAUUUUGUCCUUUUUUUUUUGUUUAAAUUUUGAUCAAAGUUUGAUAUUA